AUGGCUGCCUCUUCUUCUUCUUCCCAGCAAUCCAAGGUCCUCAUCCUCGAUGGUGGCCUCGGCACUUCCUUGGAAGACAAGUACGGCAUCAAGUUCGAGUCAGCUACCACGCCUCUCUGGUCUACCCAUCUUCUCGUCGAUGGUCAGGACACCCUGCUCGCCUGCCAGAAAGACUUUGGAGAUGUACCCGUUGACAUCAUCCUCACUGCCACCUACCAGUUAUCCAUCCACGGCUUUGCCAACACCCGCACUGCCCAAUUCCCCAACGGUAUCGACAAAGCCAACAUUGGCAACUUCAUCCAGGACGCCAUUCGCAUUGCCGAUGAGGCGGGACGUUCCCAAGGAAGCAAGACAGCUCUCAGCAUCGGUCCCUAUGGAGCUUGCAUGAUCCCUGGCCAAGAGUACAGCGGCGCUUAUGACGCCGACCACGAUACUCUCGAGAAGCUCCGUGACUGGCAUGCCGAGCGGCUCCAGCUGUUCCAAUCUGCCGCCGCCUUCUCUUCCCCCGUCAGUUAUGUCGCCAUUGAGACGAUCCCGCGCACAGAUGAGAUCAAGGCCGUGAGGCAGGCCCUGGAUAAGACCAAAGUCUUGGCCUCUGAGACCCCCAUUCCUUUCUGGAUCGCGACGCUUUUCCCGAGAGAGGACGGCCUGCUGCCGGAUGGAUCUUCCAUCAAGGAGGCUGUGACGGCCAUGCUCAGCCGUGAUGUUGCCACGAGCCAUCCCUGGGGUAUCGGCAUCAACUGCACCAAGGUGUGGAAGUUGGAGUCUCUCAUCCAGAGCUAUGAAUCCGCUGUCAAGGAACUCGUCCACGAGGGCGCCGUCGACGCCGCUCCGGCACUUAUCCUCUAUCCGGAUGGCACUAACGGGGAAGUCUACAACACGACGACCCAAAAGUGGGAGCUUCCCCAAGGAUCACAACACCCUACCACUUCAUGGGAAGCCCAACUCUCACAAGUGGUCUCUAACGCCGAAUCUCGAGGAUUGUGGAAACAGAUUGUUGUGGGCGGAUGCUGCAAGGCAAGCCACGCUGACAUUGCUCGGCUCCGAACUGCAGUAGAAGGCCUAUCUCGGUAG